CACCACACUCACCGCUCACACCACACUCACCACACUCACACGACCUAUUCACCCUCUCACAUACAGCACACAUUCCCCACACACACUCACCACCUCACCCACAGGCACGACACAGAGACAUGUGGAUCUUCGGCUACGGCUCGCUGGUGUGGAAGGUGGACUUCCCCUUUGAGACCAAGCUGGUGGGCCACAUCAAAGACUACAGCCGCAGGUUCUGGCAGGGCAGCACGGACCACCGCGGGGUGCCGGGCAAGCCUGGCAGAGUGGUCACGCUGGUGAAAGACCCUGGGAAUUCUGUGUGGGGGGUUGCGUAUAAAAUCCGCGACGACCUCCGGGAGGAUGUCAAGCGGACGCUGGACAUCCGCGAGCAGGGCGGCUACAACACGAGCUUCGUGAUGUUCUACCCCCGUGAGGUGGAGAACGAGCCCUUCCUCUCCAUGCUCUACGUGGGCACCGAGGACAACCCCAACUUCCUGGGGCCCGCACCCAUGGAGGAGAUCGCCCAGCAGAUCCUGAUGAGCAGCGGCCCCAGCGGGCAGAACACCGAGUACCUCUUUGAGCUGGCCAACACCAUGAGGAGGCUUGUGCCCGAAGCCCCCGACCAGCACCUGUACACGCUCGAGGAGAUGGUGCGGGAACUUUUGAUCUUCUGCAGCAGCAGCAGCAACAGCAGCAGCAAUGGUAGCGUCGUGCGUGCUCAGUAGGGCUGCCGCUGCUGUUGCUGCUGCUGCCGCCAUGGGAGUCGGCGAUGUCUUUCCCGCCUCGGCGUCUGUGGCCGCAUGCAGCUGCGGUGUCGCUCCCAGUUUUGUUUUUUUGUGACGCUAAUUGUUAAUUGGCCACGGAUCAGAAUCCUUAUUAGAAUUAACUGAAAGUGGAACGUGGGGAGAUUUAUUGUGCAACUCGGUGUCAUGGUUGGAAUGCCAUGGUUGAGUUUAAGGGAGUAUUUGGCAAGCUACGUUGUAUAAUAUUACAAAUAUUUAAACAGACCCAUUUUAAAAGAGUAUUUCUUGAAUUGAGCAUAAUUGGCAGGAAUUAAUUUGUAUGCGUGUGCUUUAAGUGCCUUCUUUAAAACCACUUUAACGUUUUAGAGAAGUUUGCUGCUUAUUAGAAACUUACAUUUUAUGCAAUGCCAUGUUUCAUGAUUUUCCAUGAGCAGAGUCUCAUUUAAACUUUUUUUAAGCUAAUUACAAAACAGUAAAGGUGAGGUGUUGAGUCCGUAAAAAAUUAUGUUUUUCAGUUUUGUGCAGAGUAGUUGAAUAACACUCUUUGGUUCUAUUCGGUAAAGUCACGUAAAAAACAACAAAAAAUUAAAAAUUCACGACGUUUCGGCCACAACACAAGUGGCCUUCAUCAGGUGAAG